UCAUCUCAAAGCCAUCUAAAAUAUUUUGGGUUUAAAAGAUCUGUUAUUUGAUUGUUCAACAGACACAGAAUAUUUCAUGAGAUCCUUGGAGGAGGCUUAGGCAAAGUAUCUCACUUUUUCACCAUUGGGUUUUUCUUUUGAAUUCAUUUUGAUAAGCUUGAUUGAAUCCCAAUAGAAUUUCAUUGGUUUAGUAGUUCUUUCACUGUGAAAUGGAUCUUCGAUGAUCCUUUCUUUACUUUUUGCUUUAUAGCUUUCUGGUAUAGGUGACUUUUCCUUUAGUGCAAUGACAUACCUUGAUCUACUACCAUUUUACCAGUUGAUUUUGGAGUUUACUGCCAUUUACCAGUUGGUUUUAGAGUUUAUCCACACCAUAAAGGUUGAUGAUUGCUUUUGCUUUGAACAGUUGCAGAUUUGAUGUUGUGGAGGCGAGGGAAUUUGACUGUGGGGAUCUUGUUUGUCACUCUGGCUGCUUGGGUGGUGUUUGAGAAAUCUGGCUACACUCUGUUAUCACUUCUCUCUACCGUUCUCCUCCUUCUCAUUUUCAUUCUAUUUCUCCGGGCCAAAUCUGCUGCAAUUCUUAACCGACCUGCUCCACCUCUUCCAGUAUUGUAUCUAUCAGAAGAAAUGGUAAAUGAAGUGGGAGCUUUCAUCCGAGACCAUGUAAAUGAUUUGCUCUCGGUUUCUCAAGACAUUGCAUUGGGUAAAGAUGCAAGGUUGUUCUUCAAGGUUGUUGCAUACUUGUUGCUGAUUUCUGUUCUUGGUGGCUUGACUGAUUUCCAUACUUUGGGCUACACCAUAAUAUAUCUGUUUAUCAACUUUCCGUCUGCCAGGCCUCGUUGUUGUUCUCACAGUUCCAGCGCUCUACAUGAGAUACGAAGGCUAUCUUGAUUAAUAUGUCAUACAUGGGUGCAGGAAAAUGCAGCAGCUGUAUGUGAAAUUUGAUUAAAAAUUUGUGAACAAAAUCCGGAAAUGGAUUUUGGAGAAGAAGAAGUUAAGCUAAUUUCCUUUGUUUCAUCGUCGGUUUUCUUUCUUCUGUAGAAUUUGUUUUUCUUUCUGCUCGCAAGUGCCAACAGCAGGCACAAGUUUCUUGUUGAGCAUGGGGGAUGUGGAGAAAUGCAAUUUCUCUUUUAUUUUUCCUCUCUGUAUUAUUGUUUCUGGCGUAUGAGUUCAUAGGUUUUGACCAGAGAGAUGUCAAGGAAGCUACCACUCAAAUGAAAUCAUCCUUAGUGAAGUGAAUGGUUGAGGAACAUUUAUACAAGGAAAUAUAGUUUUUACUUUUACAAGACAUGUUCGCAAAAUGUAAUUCCAAUUCGAGAUCAAAUUUUUAUGAUCACCAUAUUUUUCAAGCCCCUGAACUUUCAAAUCUUUAUUUUAAUGUUGAAACUACGAACCAAAAUUUGUUCAAGUUUUCGU